AUGAUUAGCUGGCACAAAGAGGAGGCAUAGACCUCCAAGAGUGCACAACUGGUGAGGAGGUGGUACCUUUUGCCGUUGCACCGGAACCGAUUAAAUUUAGUGCAAAGAUCUCAGUGAAGGGCACGGAAGGACUAACCGGAACUAAAGUCCGGAUCCGAAAUCCCUAAUGAUACCCAUAUCAGAAGAAUGAAAGUCAGGAUGGCGUUUGGGGAUGGUCGCCGUCGUGCAGUUGUCGGGACCACUGGAGUAAAUCCCUUGAAUGGGAAAGCCGGAAGUCGAAUCGAAUCAAUCGUAAUUAUAAUAGAUGAAUGGACAGAGCUCAAGCAUCAUUACGGCGAAGGCGACGAAGGCAGAGAUGUGGGAGAGUUGUUUUUUGUGUUCAAGAGGUUGGACGACUGCAAUAUGCAGGGGGAUGAGUGA